UCACCAACACGAGAUCUUCCAUCUUCAUCACUGGAGACGCUGAUGGUGACAUGAUCUCUCCAAGAUUCGGCUAAGUCACAGCCAAGCCACCUUCCAACGAAGAAAAGCUCUGUUGCCGCUUCUCCAACACGAAACAGCUCCGCCCCCUCUCGACUCACCUCCAUAUGUGUGCCUUUUGCAUCUUUCUGCAUGCCAUCUUAGUCGAUAUGGUCAAGUCACCAUUACUUCUUUAAGCUAUAUGCUUCUCAACGACUUAUGUCGUUCCUGAUCCAACGUUGAUCAUAAGUUUUCUAAGUCGUUCACGACUUCCUCUAAGCUAUUUGCUUCUACACGACAAGUGUCGUUUCAUAUCCAAGUUGAUCUCAUCUUCAAGAUGUCCAAAAGACGUCUUCAAAGCUAUAGGCUUCCCUACCUUCACAAACAAGUAUUGUCCAAAGUGUUUUCAUGUGUCAUUUAACUCUGGCACACUACGGUAGAUCCGUCAACCACCUGGUUUAAGCACAACGCUUCAUAACUCCAAUCAAAUACAACAUCAUAUAUGGUCAAUUUCAAGUUAUCACUUCCGCUUCACUCAUGACACCUUGAGCUUGAGGGAGCGUAUAGAGAGAUCUAGAAGAUCACAAGAUUAAUAACAAUAUAUUCUAUAUUUAUUAUUUAGAUAUUUAUAUAUUUACAAUCAUUAUAGUUUAGGAAACUAUUGUACUAUAUAAUUCUAUGUAACCUAAAGCUUAUGAUUAUGAGAGUCAAUAUAUUAUUUCCUAAACACUAAGAUGUUCUUUUCUCAUCAACCUCUAUCAAUAACUUCAUCCUGCAUAAUCCAUCCGAAUUUUAACUUACAAAGUUGCCUUUUAGCCAGGCUUUGUCUAUCUUUAAUCAUUUAAAGUUUUAAACUAUAUAACCAACCAAAACAAACCUCAUCUUUCUCCUUCAUUCACAAAAACAAUAACUUCUCUCUGUUCUUCUUCUUGUCUCUCUUCUUUCAAACCUCAAGAACCAAAACAAAUAUGGAGUUGUUCACAAAAGGUAACAACGUUAAGCUACGAAGCCACCUAGAUAAGUUUCUAGUCGCCGACGAUGACCAAGAAACCAUCCGUCAAAGCCGUAAAGGAGAUACACGGCGAGCCGUUUGGACGGUGGAGCAAGUCGUCGAUAAACCUAAUCUGAUAAGGCUGAGGAGUAGCCACGGUACGUACUUAACUGCGAGUAACAAACCGUUGCUGUUAGGUAUGACCGGUGAGAAGGUGACUCAGACGACGUCACUUAACAAGCUGAUGGAUUGGCAAACGCAGUGGGAACCGGAGAGAGAUGGGUUUCAGGUGAAGCUCAAGUCGUGGUGCGGCAAGUGGAUGAGGGCUAACGGUGGAACGCCGCCGUGGAGAAACUCUGUUACUCACGACGAGCCUCAUACGUCGAAGACCAAGAACUGGUUGAUCUGGGAUGUUAUAAACGUUGAUGGUUCUGAUCUUGAAACCAUGUCUGAUGGAGAUGAUGAGAGCUCUGUUUCUUCUCCGGUUUCCGGAUUCGGGUCACAACCCGGGUCGCCCGUUUCUGUCGGUUAAACGAAGAGUAGUAUUAGCCGGUUCGCUUCUCUUGGUUUACCUAUGUCUCCGAGAUGAUCCCCAAAACCGAUUGUGUCUCCUGGAGAUGUCCCCAAAAGUAAACGGAGAGUAACGUUCAUCUUGAUCGACAUCAUGUUGACCAUAUAUCUGGUCCAACAAAUCUUUGAAGGGCAAAGGCUUGUUCUUCAAAACCCGAACAAAUUUAUCUUUAUUUUCAAAUUCCUGUCAAUGAUUCAAAACAUAUUAGAAUAAAAUUUUCUAUUCAUAUAAAAAUAUUAUAAAUGAUAACAAAGAGACUUACAGCAAUUCGAUCAUUCCACCAAGAUGUUGACAUAAUUAUUUGUCCAGUGGACGGAUCAACAACAACACCCGUGCGUUCCAUCAGUUGCCUAUUAAUUUGCCAAAGCUUAUGCAAGUACUCGAUUUUGCUCUUUAUCUCACUAUCCCAAACAAGCUUCUCUCCGGUCAACUCAAAUAAUUUGUUUUCAACUCUUUUUCUACCAGCAACAUUCGGCAUUUUACUCGAGUGGUCAUUUGAUUUUAGCUCCGUAAUAACGAGUUCAAGCAUAAUUUGACAAUGUCUUUCCUUCCACACAUACUAUAAUAUAUACAUACUCAGUAAUCAUGUUUCGUUUAAAUACAUUCAUCCUAUAUGCAUUGAAAUUUAAUAAAUAAUUAUAUGCAAAACAUAUAUACCUUUUCUUCGGUAUCGAUCCCUGAUGCAGUGGUUGAUUUGCCUUUGUUUGUUUCUUGAAAGACCUCCACGCCGUGAUGAUCCAAUAGUCUCUUGGGAACUUGCCAUAAUCCAAAUUUUUUCUAAAAAUCAAAAUCAAAUACAUAAAUUAAUAAAACCAAACACAAGA